GCGCGCUCAGCUAUAUACCUCCACCGAGGUCUGAGUCGAUCAUUCCACGCCUGGAGUCACCGAGGCUGCUGCUUUUCUUUGGCCGCCGCUCGGUAUUUUUGUGCUCCUCCUCUUUCUCCUCCUCCUUCAAGUCCCAGUUUGGCUGACCGGUUCUGUUCGCGGUCCAAAAGCUGAGACCUAACUUGCUACCUUGUCUGGAGUCUCAUGGUAGGUGACUCUGCAACUUGAUGGAUGACAAUAAACCUUUUCAACCAAAAAGAUUUUAAAGAGAGAGGAAAGAAGAGAGAGAGACAUCGAUGUGAGAAAGAAACAUCAGUCGGCUGCCUCCGAUAAUUCAAAAAUGGCAGAACUCUUUAUGGAAUGUGAAGAAGAAGAACUGGAACCAUGGCAGAAGAAAAUAGAAGAAAAUCAGGAUGAGGAUGAUGAUGAGCUAAUCUUUGUUGGAGAAAUAUCAAGUUCAAAACCAGCCAUUUCAAAUAUUUUGAACAGAGGUAACUCCAGCUCAUCUUCAAAGGGAAUAAAGAAUGAACUACUCAAUCAAGGUGUUACUGAUGCAUUCAAGCCUACAAGUCAACAUUAUGGAGACCCAUCAUCAAAUCCAGUGGCUGCCUUACCUAGAUUUAAUCCUGAAUCUAAAUCUUCACCUAGCUCUGUUAUUCAGAAUGUGUCUAAAUCGGAUUUUACAAAGAACUCAUCACAGGUUGAAUCGGAUGAUUCUUCAGAUUUACUGUUUGACCUGACCCAGGACACAGUGCCACUGUCCCAAGACAGAUCAACAAUUUAUAUAGAAGCUCUGGAUGAAACUUUGCCUAUAAAAAAACAUUCUGUUAUAGCAAGCAGACUUAAUCCAAAAAAGCCAAAGACCAACGAAGAUGUUUCUGAAAUAGAUUCUUGUGCUUCGUUAUCUUUAGACAGCUCUCCUUCAGUGACAUCCUCACCAGUUAUGACAUCAAAAGAUACCUCAUCAAUUGAACAUAAAACUGGAAUGCCUUUUCAAAGACCUUGCCCAAAGUGCAAUGUUCAGUUCAAUCUUUUGGAUGCUUUGAAAUAUCACAUGAAGCGUUGUUGUCCGGACAUGCUAAAUAAAUUUUUGGAGAUGAUCAAAGUAGAAAUUUCAAAUACUGAAAGUAAAGAUAAGACUGGUACAGAGAAGGAAAAGUUGAUCAUGUUAGUUAGUGACUUUUACUACGGAAAACAUGAAGGAGAUGUUGACAAUGAGCAGAAAACUUACACAACCUUUAAAUGCUUCAGUUGUUUGAAAGUUCUUAAAAAUAAUAUUAGGUUUAUGAACCACAUGAAACACCAUUUAGAACUUGAGAAGCAGAACAGUGAGAGCUGGGAAAGCCACACCACCUGCCAGCACUGUUACCGUCAGUAUCCCACACCAUUCCAGCUGCAGUGUCACAUUGAGAGCACACACACACCUCAUGAGUUUUCUACUAUUUGUAAAAUCUGUGAAUUAUCAUUUGAAACAGAACAUACUCUUUUACAACAUAUGAAGGACACUCAUAAACCCGGUGAAAUGCCAUAUAUUUGCCAGGUUUGCCAGUUUAGAUCAUCAACAUUUUCUGAUGUAGAAAGUCAUUUUAGAGCAUCCCAUGAAAACACAAAGAACUUGCUGUGUCCAUUUUGCCUCAAAGUUAGUAGAAUGGCAACCCCGUACAUGAAUCAUUACAUGAAACAUCAGAAAAAAGGAGUUCAUCGCUGUACAAAAUGCAGACUACAGUUUUUGACCUGCAAGGAGAAACUGGAUCACAAGGCACAGCAUCGGACAUUUAUAAAACCUAAAGAGCUAGAAGGCUUGCCUCCUGGUUCAAAAGUUACUAUUCGAGCAUCAUUGGGACACCUUCAUUCAAAACCAUCAACUACAUCUUCCAGUGAUACUCCAAGCACUUCUUCUCUUCAGGUCUCACCUCCAAAGUCUAAAAAUACCACUGCUAAAAAUUCCACAAAAUCUAAUGCAACUAAGGCUAGGAUGUGUAAGCCUCGUGCAACUGCGUCCACUGCAAGUAAAGCAUCCAAUGCAAGUAAGCAAGGUAGAGGUGCAUCUAAAUGCAAAGCAAAAACCUCUUACAAGCAAAAGAAACAACGCAACAGAAAGAACAAAAUCAGCAUAGCUCUGAAGAAUUUAAGGUGUUGUCGAGGAGUUCACAAGUGCAUUGAGUGUCAUUCCAAAAUAAAAGAUUUUGCAAGCCACUUUUCAAUAUAUAUCCACUGUAAUUUUUGCAAAUACAACACUAACUGUAACAAAGCCUUUGUAAAUCAUAUGGCGAGCUCUCAUAGCAGCCAUCCAAGUAAACAGUUUUCUAUUUUUAAGAAGCAUUGUAGAACUCUCAGGGGCAUUACUCUUGUGUGCCUUAAAUGUGAUUUCCUGGCUGAUUCUUCUAGUUUAGAUCGUAUGGCUAAACACUUAAGUCAACGUAAAAAUCAUACUUGCCAAGUUGUAACAGAGAAUGUUCCCAAAAGUACCUCAACUUCUGAACCUGCUUCUGACUGCUUGUUGAAAUAGAUUCCUGCUCUAUGGAGCUCGUGCAACCUGGUGCAAGACAAGUUGGAAUUUCCUAAGUUCAAAGUUCUGAAGUGUUUUUUUUACACAGAACCAGUUUCCUAAGUUCAAAGUUCUGAAGUGUUUGCUCACACAAAAACGGUUAAAUAGCCAAGUCCAUGACACUAGCUCUCAUUCAGCUCUUUUCAGCUUUCAGAUGGCACUAGAUUCUUAUUCCACCUUAUCUUUGUGUCAGGUUAACAUAUCUUAACAUAUGCUUUUUUCCUCCAGUUGGCUCUCUCCAAAAAUAACUUUUGUUUGUUAUGGUCUUUAUCGCUUUGCUUAAAAUAAUUUGUGUAUUUCUCUGCUGUACUUGCCUUCAGAAUAUUGCAUUUCAAAUGCUGUGGCUGUUCAUCUUUUUUUUUUUUGUCUGUCUGAUUUCAUAGUUAAUUUCAUACAAAUCUUACAUUUUUAGGCCAGGUAGCUGUCUUUCUUCUUGUUCUUUGUCUGUCAUUGUUCUGUUUUUCAUAUUUUUCAGAUGGAGAAGCAACACAGAAAUUUCAAAAAUGUCCAGGGUACUCCUGGUCAGUGUCCCCCUUCGUUGGACACAACUGAUGCCUGUUCUCUCUUUCCAAGAAAUAUGAAUUGUUUAACUGUGAGACCUCCUCUAGGUUGUGGCCCUAGGAAAUCAUAUCUUGGGAAGAGUCCGUUCCUUCAUGGUGGAUCAUGCUAAUUUGGCCAGAGAUGACCACCAAAUUGAACACAACUUCUCACUGGGGGCUUUGGUUUUUUACCUUAAGCUUAUAGUUCAGUUCUGACCAAGAAAAGCCCAUCAAAUCAAUGCUUUUAACACCCAAGUUGAAGUUUAAUCAUUUAGGCUGCUGCCCUUUAAUCUUCUUCUGUCAUGUAUGCAGUUCAAGGACUAUAAAAUCUGCCUGUGUAGAUUGUAAAAUUGUGCCCUUGGAAAACAAAUUUCCAAAAUUACAGUUCCAGCCCUGGCUGGUGUGGCUCAGUGGAUUGAGCACUGGCCUGAGAACCAAAAGGUCGCCGGUUCGAUUCCUGGCCAGGUGCCCAGUAGGGGGUAUAAAAG